GGGUGUUUCACAAUAACAGCCGUUGAGCUGAGCACGGCUCGUCGGCUGUUGGUGGCACAUCAGAGGGUACCUUAUAGGUACCUCAGGUGCUGAACUUCUGUGGUGCUUCGGGAGCUACGUAAUCUAGCCGCGUUGCCGAUCGCCGACUCGGCCUGCCCAACCCAGCAGGUGGUUACGUACCUACAGGGCCUGUCUGGUUCAGUCCAGGGAGGCCGUCGGGAACAGCCAUCCUUCACACUCUCGCAGCCUCUUCGCUAUCGCCAUCUCUACCAUCCCUUCGUCAUCAACGUUCGCCUGAAACACCCACGACGACGUCGAAUUGCACCUACACACAACGAUGGAGGACCCGCAGAUCACCUCCACCGGCGUUGCCACCUCUACGCCCAAGGUCCUCAUCGUGAUGGCCGACUACGGCCACGACCCCACAGAAACCGCCGUCCCCUACACCGCGUUCAAGAACGCUGGCUACGACGUCAAGUUCGCCACCGAGACGGGGCGCCCGCCGCGCUGCGACAAGAGGAUGCUGGAGGGGUUCACGCAGAAGCUGCUCGGCGCCAAGAAGGAGGUCGUCUCCCUGUACAAGAAGAUGGCCGUGAGCGACGAGAUGCGCCACCCGCUGUCCUGGUCCGCUCCGGGUUUCGCCUUCGCCCCCUUCGACCUCGUCCUCUUCCCCGGCGGCCACGACAAGGCCGUGCGCCAGCUCAUCGACUCGCCCGUCGUGCACGCCCUCGUCCUCGACUACUUCCCCCAGACCCGCAAGCCGAGCCGCAAGGUCGUCGCCGCCGUGUGCCACGGCGUCAUGGCCCUGUCCGAGUCCAAGGACGCGGCCGGCCGCAGUGUCCUGCGUGACUGCGUCACCACCGCGCUGCCGGCCAAGUUCGAGCAGGCCGCGUAUUGGAGCACCCGUGCCGUGCUCGGAGACUACUACAAGACCUACGGCCACGGAAGCGACGACGUCGAGACUGCGAUAAAAAAGGUCCUCGCCGACCCAUCUCAGUUCAAGGCCAGCCUCAACCCCGGCCCCUUCACCGUUGAGGACGAGCACUAUAAUUACAUCAGCGCCCGGUAUCCCGGAGACGCGGAGGUGUUCGCGGAAGAAAUCAUCAAGCUCUUCGAGAGCUUCAACAGGAUCGUAUAGGUACUUCUACUGAUUACUGGGUCCGUACGGAUGAUCUCUGCCAUCUCGCGAGCUCGUGGGCGCUUAAUUUGAUGGGUAUCUAGUUUGCCGUUGGCUUACCAUGUUGUAUUGCGUUUCGAGAAAAGGGAGGUUGGCUUAACGACGGCAUGAAGCGUGCACAAACAUGAAGUUUAAUACACUAAUUUCCGACAAUUGACUUCUCGGAGUCACCUAUUAGCACCUCUCUACGCCGAGUUCGUAGACUGUUUCAGCAUGUAGGAAUGCGAUCGCUCCUCAACGAGACCUACCUAAGACUACCGUAGGACCAAUGGCAUACCGAUGUGUCCCGGGAAACCUCCGGACGCCGGCGCCUCCCUAGGAUAGGAAUUUAUAUAGUGUCACGCAGGAAGCUUUCUGACUCUCCAUCUCUAAACAAGAGGUGCAUGUGUCUACAUGAAUUGUACUUGCGUCAUGUAGGUGUUGAUCGGGGUAGAGACUUCGAGCAUUGUGGAUGCCAUCUGUCACCACCUCUUGGGUGCUGACGUGCCACCAGAGGUGAACGUUCGACUUAUAACGUGCGCUUGCGACCUCUCCUUCUCGAGCCUCGCUAGCCCUAUCCUGUCCGUAAUGGGGGUAGCGUCGAUAAUGUUGUCAAAGUCAUCGUCGUCGUCGUCGUCGUCCCCGCUGUUUCUGUUGUCGGAAUCCGGUUCUAUAUCUGAAUCCACUUUAUACCGUUGUGAUUGGGGAAGAGGUAUUGUCUGCGCCUUCGG